AUGCAGCCUGUAGCUAAUGCCUGCGAAAUCGUGGAUGGAAAAGACCCAAAUGGCGAGGCUUCCAGCAGCACCCCCUCUGCCGGUCUUCAAAGGAGGAAGCGGUUCUCUGUCAUGCCAAACCUUGCCAAACCCCGGGUGGCCGCCACCCCAGCCCUCACCCGCUCCUCCCCCAGGACCCCCAAGUCCCCUAUGAGAGCGGGCACUGAGACUCCAGCUCCAACCCCUGAGGCUCCAGAGGCCCCCAGACAGACAGAUUCUGGACCCCCACAGGGCAUGAGAUCCCCAAGGCGGAGGCCCUCUGGAGGUAGUAGGCAAGCCAAAGGACAGCCCAAACCCAGGCCACUGUCCCCAGCUUCCCCAGGCCCUACAACAACCUCUCUGGGGAAUGUGGCAGUGGAGGACUCAUCCUUGUCACAACAGACCCCGCAGGCAGCAGGCAAAGGCAGCAUCCAAUCAGAUCUCCUGAAAAAAACACCAACCAUUAAAGUUCCAUCCACUCCGUUAGAGAUGGUCCCAUCAUCCUCCCUUCCAGACAAAGAGGGUAUCUCAGUAUCAGAGAGAGCUAAGACUCUGGUCGCCAGGUCUGUGUCUGGUGGGCUCACCGGGCUGGCACCAGGGAAGUCCAGGCUUAGCAGGUUCCUGAAUGACCCAACAGACCUACAGAGGUUGGCUAAGGCCCGGAAGCUCAGAGAGCUGCUGAGACAGGAGAUGAACAAGGAGAAGGUGAGAUUGAAACGGAGCAAAGCCAAGGUGUGUGUUAGCGAAUACACACUAGAUCCCUCUAAAAUGACCAUGAGAGAUCUCAUCUACUAUCUGCCUGAUACCAACCCCAUGACGUCUUAUCUGGUAGAGGAACAGAGGGAGAACGAGACUGUCCUCCCACUCACCCCACCAAGAGAAGAGUCACCUGAAAGACCCCCAACACCGGAGGCCCCAGCUGAGACAGCCAGCCAGGGAGAUGAAGAUGAAGAUGAGGAUGACGAUGGGGUGAUGGUCCCGCGGGUGAAGGUGGCAGAAGACGGCUCUCUGAUCAUCGAUGAGGAGAGUUUGACGGUGGAGGUCUUGAGGCAGAAAGGGCCCAACCCAGCUGAUGAUAGAGACCCCAUCUUUGAGCGUGGCUCCACAACCACCUACUCGAGCUUCAGGAAGGGGACACAUGUCAAGCCCUGGUCCAACAAAGAGACGGACAUGUUCUUCCUGGCCAUCAGUAUGGUGGGAACAGACUUCUCCAUGAUUGGACAGCUGUUCCCUCACCGCGGUCGCACCGAGAUCAAGAACAAGUUCAAGAAAGAGGAGAGAGCAAACAGCUGGAGGAUAGACAAGGCCUUCAAGGAGAAACGCAGGCUGGAUUUUGAGUUCUUCACUGGCCUCCUGGAGAAGAUCUUGGCUGCAGAAGCAAAGAGGAACAAAAAUAACAAGUCCCCCACAGAGAAGAUACGGAUCAAGAAAAAAAUCAAACAGAGAGAAAAGAAAGCAGCGAAGCAGCUGAGCGACGUGGAGGAGGAGGGGUUAGACGCGGAGAUGGACACAGAGGAGGUGGAGGAGGAGGGAGAGAAGGAGAACGAGAACGUCUCUAACGAAGUGACCACACUUUCCUCCGCUCCCACCCCGAAGAGAAAACGCAAAAGUAGGAAUGGAGGAGGAGAGUCCUCUCCUGAAGAAGCAAAGGAUGGAAAGAAAAAGAAGAUCGACCUAAUAACAAGUGAUCAAGAAGAGGCUGGUGUACCUGAAGAUUCUGAGGCAGGACCUCCAGAGAGUUCAAAGCAGGCAGAAGGGCCUGUGGAAGCAGCCAAGGGACCUGUGGUGAUCAAACCAGCCCAGUUGUCCCGUGGCCGAUCCCAGAGACCUCUUCCUAACCUGGGUAGGAAGUGGGGCCAGAGGGGCCCCGAGCCCAAUACCAAGCCUAACGUUAAAGAUGGGGCCACACCUACAGAGGAGGAGACCACUGAAGAAGGGCUGUCUGAAGAACAGGUAGAUAAAGAUGCUUCUCCUUCAGUCAGUCAAAAGGAGAAGAAGAAAGCUGGUGAACUCUCUUCGUCUGAGGGAGAGGAGGAAGAAGCCAACGAUAAACCCAUCAAACCCACCAGGUAUGGCAGAAUACCCAAAAAGACACAGCUCUUGAAUUACCCUGCAAAGGAGGAUGGGGACUCGCCCUCAGACUCUGCCCCCACUCCUGCCUCAGACGGAUCCCCCUCCACUUCUUUCUCCACCAAGCCCAAGCCCAAGCCCAAAUCCAAACCAGCAACCAGGAGGUCCAACAUCAAACCUGGCCCAGCCCUGCCAGGUAGGAAGGGCCAAUCAGCGGCUAGGAAAUCCAAGCUGGUCACCCUCAGGGCGUCCCAGUCUGAAGAUGAGGAUGAAGAUGAGGAAGAAGGAGCAUGGAGAGAGGAGGCGCAGGCCGAGGAGGACACCCACAAUCCCACAAGCCCAGAGGAGGAGAACCAGGCACCUGCGUUCAUUCCCAUGAGCCUUCGCUCACCACAACCUGUCGCCACAGAGGUUGAGGAGACCAUGGAGGAGCUCGAUAUCUCCGUCAACGUGCCUGAUGUCCUGGGUAUUUCCCAUGAUGCAUUCUUCCCUGACUCGUCAUGCGAGCGGGCACAGGGUGGUGAAAUGGGCACAGUGCCCUGUGAGCAUCAGUUGGACCUGUUAGUAGACGUGAUAGACUUCCUGUCUCCAGAUAACAUGGAAGUAUCUGAGGAGAGCUACAACGAGGCAGCUAGAACCCUUCUGGCCAUCGGCAACCUCACCCACCUGUCUCAGGCAGCUGAGGCCUUCACUGCAGGAGCAGAUGAUAUCAUCACGGAAGAAUGUUCCAAUGAGGACCAACUGUACCAGAUGACACCACAGCCCACUGACCAAUCACAAACUAGCACCAUUCCUUCUGAAUCUCUUAGGGUCACUGAGGCAUCACGAAUCGCUGAGGAUUCUGUACCUGUUGCCAUGUCAACAGCCUCUAUCCCAGUCUCCAAAAUAACAGCCUCUGUCAUAAUUACCAUGGCAACAGCCUCAGUCCCAGUCACCACGACAACAUCUUCUGCUCCAGUCACCUUGACAACAACGGCCUCUAUCCUAGUCACCACAUCAACGGCAUCUGUACCAGUGCCUCAGAGCAGUGAUACUCCCACUCUAGAAACUCCACCCAUAGAGGAGGGGCCUCUCAGACAGAUGGAGGGGUCUGAUAUUGGACACGCCUCUCAGGUGGAAUCAGGUUUUGAAGUGUCAGAGGGCUCAGAGCAACAGACAACCUCACAGACCAGGAGGAGCCACUUCCCUAAGGUCAAACCCAACCUGGGAAGGGCUGCUAGGACCACACAACCCAAACAGACUACCACCACACUGUCAGAACCACCACAGACUACCACCACACUGUCAGAACCACCACUAGAUUCUAUGCUGAAUAUCACCACAACCUCAGAACCACAGCCUACCAUGAAUAUCACCACAGAACCACCACUGCCUACUGAGAGUAUUAACACAGAGUCAGAAACACAGCCCAAACAGAGAACUACCGCACACUCAAAAUCACAACCCACCACACAUAUCAUCCCACACUCAGAACCACAGCCCAUUCAGAAAACCAGAACACCGUAUUCAAAACCACAGCCUGCAUUGAAUACCACCACAAACACACUCUCAAAACAACAAUCCACACAGAGUACCACCAUACUCUCACAACCACAGCCCACCUCAAGCCUUGAGCAGCCAGGUCCAGUUACACUCAGACCCAGAGCCCCAGUCCCAGAGUCACCUCUGUGGUCAUCAGAAGAAGUGGAAGGCCGUAAGGGAAAUACUUCCUCUUCCCUCAGUGCUGGAGGGUCCCAGUCAGGGACAUCAGACUCAGACCAGCCCAAACAGACAGGCCCUCUAACCCGUAGGGCCCGUUUACCUAAACCCAAACCCAACUUGGGUCGUGCCACUACACACCCUGCAGUCCAGGUACCAGAAAGCAGGCCAAACCCUGAAGUCCAGACACCAGAUGUGGCUUCCAGACCCACAUCUGAGGUCCAGAGACUAGAUACUGGACCCUGCCCUGAAGUCCAGACACCAGAGGAAGCUGAUGAGGUUCCCAUGGAAAUACAACAGAUCCACCAAGUCGUCCCCCUUUCUGACAUCAUCGAUACUACCCAGGAGGAAAUACAACAGAUUCACCAAGUCAUCCCUCAUCCACCCAUAGAGGAGGGGCCUCUCAGACAGAGGGAAGGGACUGAUAUUGGACACGCCUCUCAGGUGGAAUCAGGUUCUGAAGUGUCAGAGGGCUCAGAGCAACAGACAACCUCACAGACCAGGAGGAGCCACUUCCCUAAGGUCAAACCCAACCUGGGACGGGCUGCUAGGACCACUCAACCCAAACCGACUACCACCACACUGUCAGAACCACCACAGACUACCACCACACUCUCAGAACCACAGCCCAUUCAGAGAACCAGAGUAGCUCAUUCAAAACCACAGCCUGCAUUGAAUACCACCACACAGUCAGAACCAACCCAGCCCACACUAAAUUCCACCACAAACACACUCUCAGAACAACAAUCCACACAGAGUACCACCAUACUCUCACAACCACAGCCCACCCCAAGCCUUGAGCAGCCAGGUCCAGUUACACUCAGACCCAGAGUCCCAGAGUCACCUCUGAGGUCAUCAGGAGAGGUGAAAGAUCACGAUGGCCCUAAGGAAAAUACUUCCUUUUCCCUCAGUGCUGGAGGGUCCCAGUCAGGGACAUCAGACUCAGACCAGCCCAAACAGACAGGUCCCCCAACUCGCAGGGCCCGUUUACCUAAACCCAAACCCAACUUGGGUCGCACCGCCAAAGCCGCUACACGCUCUGCAGUCCAGGUACCAGAAGGCAGGCCAAGCCCUGAAGUCCAGACACUAGAUACUGGACCCUGCCCUGAAGUCCAGACACCAGAGGAAGCUGAUGAGGUUCCCAUGGAAAUACAACAGAUCCACCAUGUCGUCCCCCUUUCUGACAUCAUCGAUACUACCCAGGAGGAAAUACAACAGAUUCACCAAGUCAUCCCUCAUCCACCCAUAGAGGAGGGGCCUCUCAGACAGAGGGAGGGGACUGAUAUUGGACACGCCUCUCAGGUGGAAUCAGGUUCUGAAGUGUCAGAGGGCUCAGAGCAACAGACAACCUCACAGACCAGGAGGAGCCACUUCCCUAAGGUCAAACCCAACCUGGGAAGGGCUGCUAGGACCACACAACCCAAACAGACUACCACCACACUGUCAGAACCACCACAGACUACCACCACAAUCUCAGAACCACCACAACCUACUGAGAAUAUCACCACACAACCCAAACCAACACAAACUACCAUCACACUGUCAGAACCACCACUAGAUUCUAUGCUGAAUAUCACCACAACCUCAGAACCACAGCCUACCAUGAAUAUCACCACAGAACCACCACUGCCUACUGAGAGUAUUAACACAGAGUCAGAAACACAGCCCAAACAGAGAACUACCGCACACUCAAAAUCACAACCCACCACACAUAUCAUCCCACACUCAGAACCACAGCCCAUUCAGAGAACCCGAGUAGCUCAUUCAAAACCACAGCCUACAUUGAAUACCACCACACAGUCAGAACCACCCCAGCCCACACUAUAUUCCACCACAAACACACUCUCAGAACAACAAUCCACACAGAGUACCACCAUACUCUCACAACCACAGCCCACCCCAAGCCUUGAGCAGCCAGGUCCAGUUACACUCAGACCCAUAGUCCCAGAGUCACCUCUGAGGUCAUCAGAAGAGGUGAAAGGUCACGAUGGCCGUAAGGGAAAUACUUCCUUUUCCCUCAGUGCUGGAGGGUCCCAGUCAGGGACAUCAGACUCAGACCAGCCCAAACAGACAGGCCCUCUAACCCGUAGGGCCCGUUUACCUAAACCCAAACCCAACUUGGGUCGCACCGCCAAAUCCGCUACACGCUCUGCAGUCCAGGUACCAGAAAGCAGGCCAAACCCUGAAGUCCAGACACCAGAUGUGGCUUCCAGACCCACAUCUGAGGUCCAGAGACUAGAUACUGGACCCUGCCCUGAAGUACAGACACCAGAGGAAGCUGAUGAGGUUCCCAUGGAAAUACAACAGAUCCACCAAGUCGUCCCCCUUUCUGACAUCAUUGAUACUACCCAGGAGGAAAUACAACACAUUCACCAAGUCAUCCCUCAUCCACCCAUAGAGGAGGGGCCUCUCAGACAGAGGGAGGGGACUGAUAUUGGACACGCCUCUCAGGUGGAAUCAGGUUCUGAAGUGUCAGAGGGCUCAGAGCAACAGACAACCUCACAGACCAGGAGGAGCCACUUCCCUAAGGUCAAACCCAACCUGGGACGGGCUGCUAGGACCACUCAACCCAAACCGACUACCACCACACUGUCAGAACCACCACAGACUACCACCACACUGUCAGCACUACCACAGACUACCACCACACUGUCAGAACCACCACAGACUACCACCACACUCUCAGAACCACAGCCCAUUCAGAGAACCCGAGUAGCUCAUUCAAAACCACAGCCUGCAUUGAAUACCACCACACAGUCAGAACCACCCCAGCCCACACUAAAUUCCACCACAAACACACUCUCAGAACAACAAUCCACACAGAGUACCGCCAUACUCUCACAACCACAGCCCACCCCAAGCCUUGAGCAGCCAGGUCCAGUUACACUCAGACCCAUAGUCCCAGAGUCACCUCUGAGGUCAUCAGGAGAGGUGAAAGAUCACGAUGGCCCUAAGGAAAAUACUUCCUUUUCCCUCAGUGCUGGAGGGUCCCAGUCAGGGACAUCAGACUCAGACCAGCCCAAACAGACAGGUCCCCCAACCCGCAGGGCCCGUUUACCUAAACCCAAACCCAAUUUGGGUCGCACCGCCAGAGCCGCUACACGCUCUGCAGUCCAGGUGCCAGAAGGCAGGCCAAGCCCUGAAGUCCAGACACCAGAUACUGGACCCUGCCCUGAAGUCCAGACACCAGAGGAAGCUGAUGAGGUUCCCAUGGAAAUACAACAGAUCCACCAAGUCGUCCCCCUUUCUGACAUCAUCGAUACUACCCAGGAGGAAAUGCAACAGAUUCACCAAGUCAUCCCUCUUACUGACGUCAUUGAUACUACCCAGGGCGAUAUGUCUCUCUUUACGGAGGGAAGCUUUUUCUCGCAACAAAGUGAUGCUGUCUUCAUACAGCACUCAGAAACUUCUGUAUCGACUGCUCCGUUGGACCAGGCCCAGUCAGACCCGGAUGAGCCUAUAUUCAUCCUCUCCCUGACUGAAAUCCCAGUACUUCCCACAGGGGAGGAGAAUGGCUGCACAUCCCAGACCCUCUCCGAGCCUUUCUUUUUUCUACCAGUCGCAGGCGCUCAACUGCAGCAGAGCAGUGAUAUUGUUGCCCCUGGAGGUGGUUUGGAGAAAGGGAAUGCUGGUAUCCUCUGUGAAGUCCCUGAGCCUAUGUCAGUGGAUGAGGUGCUUCCUCAACCCUCAUACACCAGUAUCAAGGAAGUGGAGUCUGGCUCCACAGCGGGCCCAGUAGGUGUGUGUGCCUCGGCCAAACCCUCAGAAGACUCGAUGGCUGAUGCAGCGACUAGUGAGGACACAUAUCCUCCUUCUAAGAAGAGGAAAGUGCCAGAGAGAGCCAGGAGAGUAGACAAACUGCAGGUGAGACCUAACACUGCAGUAAGGAAACAGACCAGUCGUUCGGCCCCUGCCAAGGAGGCUGUGUCACCCGUUACCCCAGACCAGACCACCUCUUUGACCACUACCACCCUAGACCCUGACCACCCCACUGCCUCCAGUCCCCCGGCCCAGCCAGGCCCCUCCGUCACGGGAACCGCAUCACAAGAGGUGGUGGCUGAUGAGCCACAGCAGGGGACUGUGGGCUGUUUAGAUCGUACAGAGACAGAGCACACGCCGACUGGAGGGGAGGACAAUAGUUCAGGGGCGGAGUCUCAGGCUGCCCGUCAAAUUACACCGCUGGCAAUGAGUGGCCCCUUGAGCAGGCCUGGUAGGAGACCCAGGGGAUUCCUGUCUUUCAUGUCCAAUAAGAACACCUCCCCUGUAGCUUCCCCCCCCCGAUGUACCAGAGCAGCCACUCGGAGGCCCCUGGUCAACACCACCCGCCCAGGGGGGAAACGGGCUGCUCCUGCACCUUCCACCACCACCACAACCAUGCCUUCACCUUCCACAACGCAUAACACCACCACCCCCACUAGAGCCACCAGAACCACGACUAUGCCAGAUUUUUCCGCCAGGGUGCCUCGGGAAAAACCCUCUGAUGUCCUGGCCUUACACUCAGACCCAGAGCCCAGUACUUCCCUGUGUACUACAGCUACUGAGUCUUCUCAGGUGCCAGCCGCCCAGCCCAGUGCGUCUCCCUGUGUGGACAGCGGUUCAGCAGACGAGGAACCCAUCAACGUGUCCCAGUACUUCUUCAGUGACAUCUUCACCGAGGUCGAGGAGAAUGAGGGAUGAGAGACGGGGAGGAAGGGAAAGGAGAUUCAAGAAGGCACUCUUUGACUCUUUGUUUGAAUCAAACUGGAGAACAAAAUGUUAAGUACUUAAGAAAACAUGUUUUUGUAUCUACCACUGAAAUUACGUUUCUGCUUGCUUGUGUUUAUGCGAACAAGGUUUCAUGCUUGCAGUGAACAGAUUUGGUCACAAGAUGGCAACAGUGAAACCAAACUAGGGAAAAUUCCUCUUCAAAUUUUUGGGGGGACCAAACUGCCGCGCCUUGAAGCUAAUUUCCUAUAUUGAACGAUUACGUUUUUUGGCUCUUUUACCCCAAUCAUAUCAUCUAGCCUAUUGAGUAAUCUAUUCAUUCUAAUAACAUAUUUAUAUUUAUUUGGUUUACAUUUUUUCAAACCACACCAAGCUAGACAGUCAUGAUAAUUUCCCUCUUGUCUGCAUGAAGGAGAAUACUUGAAAUCAGUGUCACCUCACUCUACUACAGAGUCUUCCACAUUCAAAUUUGUGUUCGUAUUUGAAAUAUUGUUUACAUAGGUAGGCAUUGUCUUAACAUGAGCAUUGUGUAUGUAUAUAGGUUUAUUAUAAUUUAGAUCAGAUAUAUUGGAGGGGUAUGUACGCUUGACGUUUACUUUGGUUUUUCACUCUUCGUGCAUGAACAAGACCCGGCUUUGCAGCUUGAGGGGGCGCCACAGCGAAGUCUCUUUAUUUCAUGCUCCCUGAAGAUACAGGAAAUAUAAUUUCAAAUGGCGCUGGAACAGAAUCCUCUAGUUUAAUCCAUGUACAGUGACAAACUCACGGAAACAGUGCACAGAUCAUGAGUCCAAUUUCAGUUCUCAAUUAUCGAUUAUGUUCUGCAGCCACUGUUGGUUCAAACUAACAUAGCUGUUCUGUAGCUCAUGUAAAAUAUGUGAAUAAAGUUUUAUACGUUAA